AUGGUAACGAUCAACGUGGGGGUGAUGAAGGAGAAGGGUGUGAUCAAACGAGAAACCUUGCCCUUGAAGGUUCCAUCAACAGCAUCUGCCGAAGACAUUCGCCUCGUGGCAGUAAAGAAACAUACUCUGUUCAACAGCAGGUUUAUUCAUUCACAAUCUGAGUACAUUCUGGCCUUCAAGGACGGCAGUGAAGUUAAACACAUCCCUGGCGUAGGUCCUGAGGAACCCUUUACUUUGAGGAGGUAUAAGGAAGAGUCUGGAUUUGGAUAUGCACGAAUAACUCUAUAUCUCUUACCUGAAGGAGAUAUAUUUGAAGAUCUUCGACGAUAUGUUGAGGAAGAGGACGAUUUGUUGUGUGAUGGUGCCUCCAAAGAUUCCAGUGAUGAUGAAGAUUUCAUUAAGCCUGCAUUAAAACCGUCAUUGUACCCUGCUCCACUAAAAAGGCAGAGUUUUAGUUCAGGAAGGGGAAAAAGCACUGCAGCAGCCCCGUCAACAUCUUCAGCUGGGGACGAUUGCUUUCUGGUCAACUGUCCUACCUGCUGGGGCACGUUUCCCAUCAGUGCAAUUGGGGAACAUACAGAUAGGUGUGCUCAGUCUGUAGAAGAACUUCCAGAUCCACACCCAGUUAAUUCGUCAUGUUCCAGGUCAACAGGUUUGUGGUGCCUGUAUGAUAAGUUAUAUUGCAUUUUUGGCACAAUGUAGAUGCACGAUUUAGCUGUAGAUGAACUUGUUUUCUCGAUCUAGUAAGUUUUAAUUUAUGUGGGAGUUCAAGUUUUCAAUGUGAUUAAGUAAUAUAUGCAGAUCAAAGUUUAUAUGCAAGUAUGCUUAUAAAUUAUUGGCAAGCUAAGAGAUAAAUUGUUCUAUGAUCAUGAGGAGUGUGGUUGUUGUUAAAGCGGUGUAAAUGUUCAAAAAUUGCCUAUGUGGUGAAUUAGGCAGUGAGUAAGCAUAACGCUUUAGCUUGCUACUUCUAAUGACCCUGAGUCCUGCUUGUGGAAAAAAAUAUUGUCUAUGUACUUUCAAACUACCACCUUUUGCAUUUGGAGGGGGAGGGGCAGGUAAAUAGAUUUUUCUAAGAUAUUGUAUCUCUCUUUUCAUUUUGUGCUUUAAGCUGUUGUGCAAGAGAAAGGAAUGCUGAAAGACCAAAUCUGCAAUCUUGCAGCAAACGUACAGCAAGAGGAAAUAAGGGUCUGACUGUCCGAAGAAAUCACCUGUGGUCAGAUUUUAGCAGAGCUCGCAGUGAUUACUACUCUCCCAAGAACACCAUCCAAAAUUACUUUUAG